CAGACGGGUGGAUCAUCCCCUGUCUUCCCCUCCAGAAACUUUAGCCCAAAGAAAGCUCCUGCAGGCUUUUUUUUUGGUUGCAGAGAGCAGGGCCGGGGGAGUUUGUUGUGAGGAUCAGGAGAGGGAUGAUGUGAUUCUGUGCAGAGACGAAGAGGAAGAGAGACGCUCCCCCACACCCCUCUCAUAGACCCCCUAUCUGUCUGGCUCUUCCCAAUAACCCUCCUUCAGUCGAGACAGGCGUUUUUUGGGGGAAACAUGUCACAGACUAGGAGGAACACGUACACCCGGACCACCAGCAGCGGCAGCAGCAGGAUGAGCUCGGACGGGGGCGGGCGGCCCAUCAAAGUGGGCUCCCUGGUGGAGGUGAUCGGGAAGGGGCAGCGCGGCGCGGUGGCGUACAUCGGCAACACACUGUUCGCCUCCGGAAAAUGGGUCGGGGUCAUCCUGGACGAGGCCAAGGGCAAGAACGACGGCACGGUGCAGGGCAAGCGCUACUUCACCUGCGGGGAGAACCGAGGGAUAUUCGUGAGACAAUCACAGAUCCAGCUGUUUGACGAUGGAGCCGACACAACGUCUCCAGAGACGCCUGAGCCCGGCGUCGGCAAGAUUCCCAAACGAGAGAUCCUGGAGACGCCCAAGUCCACCAAACUGCGUGGAGUGAAACCCAAAAAGACUCCUGCACCCCGGAAGACCACGGUCAGAAGGCCCAAGCAGCCCACCCGCCCCGCCCCAGGGAAGGGGGCUGCGUCCGGCUCGGCCUCAGCCUCUGCGGGGGAGAUGAGCAGCAGCGAGCCCAGCACGCCGGCCCAAACCCCUCUGGCUGCUCCGGUCAUCCCCACCCUCCACUCCCCUGGAAACCCCCCGCCACCGGCCCCCAGCAAGGAGGAGGAGGCGCUGCGUCUGCAGGUGAAGGACCUCGAAGAGAAGCUGGAGACUCUGAAGAUGAAGAGGACGGAGGACAAGGCCAAGCUGAAGGAGCUGGAGAAGCACAAGAUCCAGCUGGAGCAGCUGCAGGAGUGGAAGACCAAGAUGCAGGAGCAGCAGGCCGAGCUGCAGAAACACUUGAAGGAGGCCAAGAGGGAGGCUAAAGAAGCCCAGGAGGCGAAGGAGCACUACAUGGAGGAGAUGUCGGACACGGCGGAUGCGAUCGAGAUGGCGACGCUGGAUAAGGAGAUGGCGGAGGAGCGGGCGGAGUCUCUGCAGCUGGAGGUCGACUCCAUGAAGGAGAAAGUGGAGGAGCUCACCAUGGACCUGGAGAUCCUCAAGCACGAGAUCGAGGAGAAAGGUUCGGAUGGAGCGGCCUCCAGUUACCAUGUGAGGCAGCUGGAGGAGCAGAACGGCCGACUGAAGGAGGCUCUGGUCAGGAUGAGAGACCUGUCGUCGUCGGAGAAGCAGGAACAUUUGAAGUUGCAGAAGCAGAUGGAGAAGAAGAACGUGGAGCUGGACGCCCUGAGGGGCCAGAAGGAGAAUCUGCAGGAGGAGAGGACGGCCGCGGAGAAGACCAUCGACGAGCUCAAAGAACAGGUGGAUGCGGCUCUGGGGGCGGAGGAGAUGGUGGAGAUGCUGACGGAGAGGAACCUGGACCUGGAGGAGAAGGUCCGGGAGCUGAGAGAGACCGUCACUGACCUGGAAGCCAUAAACGAGAUGAACGACGAGCUGCAGGAAAACGCCCGGGAGACGGAGCUGGAGCUGAGGGAGAUGUUGGAUCUGGGAACGGCGAAAAUCAGAGAGUCGGAGAAACACGUUGAAGCUGCGCAGGAGACCGUGGCCGAUUACCAGCAGACCAUCAAGAAGUACCGCGAGCUCACGGCACACCUGCAGGAGGUGAACAGGGAGCUGACCAGCCAGCAGGAAGCCUCCGCUGAGCUGCAGCAGCAACCGGCCCCAGAGAUGUUUGAUUUCAAGAUUAAGUUUGCAGAGACGAAGGCCUACGCCAAGGCCAUUGAGAUGGAGCUGAGGAAGAUGGAGGUGGGUCAGGCUAACAGACACGUCUCUCUGCUGACCUCCUUCAUGCCCGAGUCCUUCCUACGUCACGGAGGAGAUCACGACUGCAUCCUGGUGCUGCUGCUCAUUCCCAGACUCAUCUGCAAGGCGGAGCUGAUCAGCAGGCAGGCGCAGGAGAAGUUCGAUCUGAACGAGAGCUCUGCGCAGCGGGCCGGGCUGAAGGGAGCGGCCGGAGAGCAGCUGAGCUUCGCUGGAGGACUGGUCUACUCUCUCAGUCUGCUGCAGGCCACGCUGCACAAAUACGAGCAGGCUCUGGCUCAGUGCGGUGUGGAUGUCUAUAAGAAGAUCGGCACUCUGUACCCGGAGAUGAGCGUCCACGAGCGCUCUCUGGACUUCCUGAUCGACCUGCUGCACAAAGACCAGCUGGACGAGACCGUCAACGUGGAGCAGCUCACCAAGGCCAUCAAAUACUAUCAGCACCUGUACAGCAUCCACCUGGCGGAUCAGAGCGAGGACUGCACCAUGAUGCUGGCUGAUCACAUCCGAUUUACCCAGAGUGCUUUGGACUGCAUGUCGGUGGAGGUGGGGCGCCUGCGGGCGUUCCUGCACGCGGGCCAGGAGAAGUCGGGCCUGGCGGUGCUGCUGAAGGACCUCGAGACGUCCUGCAGCGACACCCGGCAGUUCUGCAAGAAGAUCCGCCGCAGGAUGCCGGGCACCGACGCUCCGGGGAUACCGGCAGCACUCAGCUUUGGACAACAGGUGUGCGACACGCUGUCAGACUGCAGGAAGCACCUGACCUGGGUGGUGGCGGUGCUGCAGGAGGUGGCAGCAGCCGGAGGUCAAAUGGUGUCUCCUCUCGGGGAGCAGGAGGGACUCGCUGCCGUCAAACUGGAGGACGUGGCCUUCAAGGCCGGAGAGCAGAUCUAUGGCUCUCAGGGCGUUAACCCCUACGAUAGUCUGCGGCAGUCCUGUGGCAUGGUCAUAGCCACCAUGAACAAGAUGGCCACCGCCAUGCAGGAGGGAGAAUACGACUCAGAGAGGCCUCAGAACAAGAAUCCUCCUCCUGUGGAUCUGCGGGCGGCCGCUCUUCGUGCUGAGAUCACCGACGCUGAAGGUCUCGGCAUGAAGCUGGAGGACAGAGAGACGGUCAUCAAAGAGCUGAAGAAGUCUCUGAAGAUCAAGGGCGAGGAGCUGAGCGAGGCCAGCGUGCGGCUCAGUCUGCUGGAGAAGAAGCUCGACAGUUCGUCCAAAGACGCAGACGAGCGCGUUGAAAAGAUUCAGACUCGACUGGACGAGGCCCAGACGCUGCUGAAGAAGAAAGAGAAGGAGUUCGAGGAGACGAUGGACGCUCUGCAGGCCGACAUCGACCAGCUGGAGGCAGAGAAGGCGGAGCUGAAGCAGAGAAUCGGCAGCCAAUCAAAGGUCGGCCCCGACGGGCUGAGAGGAGCCUCGCCCUCAGGGAUCGCCUCCAUCGUCAGCGGAGGGACCGGAGAGGAACAAAAAGCGAACAUGAUGUUGGCCGUCGGCUCGGCUUCAGGUCUGCAGGUGGUCGACUCCCCGCUGCUGAGUCAGCAGAUCGACGCUCAGAGACUCUGCAUCAAACACCUGAAGAACGAAAACAACAGGCUGAAGGCGGAGAAGAUGCGCGCUCAGCUGGCCUCUCUGCCCCCCCUCCACGUUACCAAACUCCCCUCUGGAGAGGGAGGUCGUCCUGAGGUUCUCUCCAGCGCGCUGUACCGCAAAACAGACCAGCUGCUGGGGACUCUGCUGCAGAUGAGCGCCAACGUGAAGGUGGUGGACAUCACCGGGAAGUCUCCAGUGACACCUGGUGCUCAGCUGCUGGAACAAACGGCUAGAUUACAAUCACUGAGCGACACUCUGGGCAGACUGAAGGAUGAAGUAGCAGAGCACGUCGUCCACCAGCAGCCUGGAGCUCGGGUCUCGUCUGAUUUCGCGACGUUCCCCUCAACUUUGUUUGUUAAAGCGAAGGAGGAGCGGCAGGGCGACACGGUGCUGGUGGGCCGGGUCAUGGUGCCGUGUUCCCGCGGUCAGGAGCAGGUGCACCGCCUCGUCCUGUCGCAGAGUCAGCUGCAUCGAGUUCACAGUCUGCUGCGCACCUGAGCUCCACCUGAGCUCCACCCUGCCUGCUGCACCCCCCCCCAACACCCCCCUCCUCCGCUGAGACCAGGGUCCACUGCAGGACCAACAGGGGAGAAACCAGGAGGUACUUCAAGAGGAGAGAAUCUUUAUCUUCUGUGAAAAGCACGCUGAUCUGUGACAGUGUGACGGCUAGUCUGAGACCAGUUUGAUCUCAAGAUCACUCUGGGUAUAAUUUGAAUUGUUUCAGUCGUUUUUAAAGCAAAAAAUGUAGUCAUUCACCUAUUUCUGCUUUUUAAAAGUGACUUGUCUUAUAUGACAGUGAGCUGAAUGUCAUUGGGUUUUUGACAGUUGGUCAAAAAAAAUCAGAAGAAGCCGAUAAAGAUUUUGGUAAAUUACAUUUUUCUCAAUUUCUCAACAAAACGAUUAACCAAGAAAAUGAUCUUGUAAACAUACCUACCAAUUUCUGAAAAUGUUCAAACUAAAUCUGCUUAAAAUUCUGAAAACAUGUCCAUCAAAUUAGCUUUAAAGAGUGAUAUUACCACAAAUAUUAUCUUUGCCAAAUGAAAAAUGAAAACAGUUGUAACUUCAGAUCUUUCUGUCAUUGGUCUCGAUCCAAUAUCAGAUUUGACUGAAUGUUUUCCGAAGUGACUCUUUUAUCGAACUGCUCUCUGACUGCUGCCGGGCAAACUGUAACUGAUACUGAGUCACGACUACAUAUAGAUUAUUGUACCUGCGCUGCUGCAUGCUGCCCAGACUCACUGAGUUUCUUUGUUGCGUAGAAUAUUUAUGAGACUCCCGUUUGGCCCGGUGUGGAUCCUGCACAGUGUCGUUUAUCAUUCAGCCAAAACACCAGAUGAUGCUCCAUGUUUCUGUGUUACAGCUGCACAGUAUUAGAAGGAUCAUGUUGUCAACUUUUAAUCACUCGUGUGCUCCAUUUUUAUAACUUUACUGUCUAAAGGGAAGAAGGAAAUGGUAAAUAAUAAAUUAUGAAGUCGUU